UCUUUCAACGUUACACACAUCCCGGUUACUUUGCAAAGAGAGAGCCAAAAAUGAAGUAAACAUGCUCUGAAAUCCUUUUCUUGUGUGUCAUUCCGCUUGUAAAAAUAGUUCCUACAACAAAAAUGGCUUCUACAUCAAACUCGGAGUCGCCGUCUGUGUCUGACGUGGAAAAAAGCAGGAGUGGACUUUGCGAGGAGUUCGCUACUAUAACGGGAACUGAUAGCGCCGUGGCUCAAUGCUACCUGGCUGAAAAUGACUGGGAGAUGGAGAGAGCUAUAAACUCAUUCUUUGAGGCAGACAUGGAGAGAAUAUUUGAGGAAGACUUUCAGGAGAGUGACAGCGUCCCUCCGAAAAAAAAGCAAAAAGUCGAGGAAGAACCUUCAAAGGAGUGCAUCGAUUUGACCGGAGACAGUCCAGUUGCACGAAAACCACCGGAUGAAGAUGACGGCAAACUGUCCCUGAUCUCCUGGAACGUGGAUGGACUGGACACGGACAAUCUGCCUGAGCGAGCCAGAGGCCUCUGUUCCUACUUAGUGCUAUACACCCCUGAUGUGGUAUUCCUGCAGGAACUCAUUCCACUUUAUGUUCAAUACUUGAAGAAACGGGCUGUCAGCUACCUCAUCAUUGAAGGUGGUGAGGAAGCUUACUUCACAGGAAUGAUGCUGAAGAAAUCCAGAGUAAAAUACUUGGAGAGCGAGAUCGUAACUUAUCCCACCACACAGAUGAUGAGGAAUCUACUUGUAGCUCAGGUGACGUUCAAAGGUCAGAAGUUGUGCCUGAUGACCUCCCACCUCGAAAGCUGUAAAGGCCACGCUCAGGAGCGGAUGAAGCAGCUGCACACGGUGAUGCAGAGGAUGAAAGACGCUCCUGAUGAUGUCACCGUCCUGUUUGGAGGGGACACCAAUCUGAGAGACACCGAGGUAGCCAAAGUGGGCCUGCCGUCUGGCGUCUGCGACGUGUGGGAGCGACUGGGCAAGCAGGAGCACUGCCGCUACACGUGGGACACCAAGGCCAACAACAACAAGACCGUUCCCUUCGUCAGCCGCUGCCGCUUCGACCGCGUCUACCUCCGGCCAGCCUCCAAGGAAGGAGUACCACGUCUGGCCCCGGAUCACAUGGCCCUAAUCGGAGUGGAGAAGCUGGACUGUGGCCGCUACACGAGCGAUCACUGGGGCAUUUACUGCAGCUUCACCGCAGGGUAGAAACACUCGAAACAGCUGGAAGCAUUUUAGCGAACAUCUGCUGCUCCGUUUUUUUUUUUUAUCCGCCAAACUCUCGCUGAAAAUAGGCCUGAGCUGACAUGUGUUGCUUGUUAACGUUAGGUCUUGAUUUGUUUUAUCUCCACGCAGUUUUAAGAUGAGUUAAUAAAAACAUCCGUCCUGUUUGGAAACCACAGCUGAGGUUGAAAUUUCAUGCCUUCCCAUGAAACUGCUGACAGAAAAAUACCACUGUGAGGUGUGACAGCAGCCGGAAUCUUUUCACAUGCUCCUCUUUUAAUGAUGAAGGUGACUUCAACAAUAUUUUUCUCUUUACACAACAAAAAACUAAUAAAUGUACAUUUUGUUCUUAUCAAA